AUGAUGAAAGACGAAUUCCCAAAUGAAGAUGAUGCCCAGUUGGCGCAGAUGGGCCACAAGGCGGAGCUAAAACGCCACUUCUCUCUGUUGUCCAUGCUGGGUCUUGCCUUCGCGAUUCUGAACUCAUGGACGGCCUUGUCGGCGAGUUUGUCGCUCAGUCUGCCCUCGGGUGGCAGCGUUAGUGUCGUUUGGGGUUUGAUCACCGCCGGUGUUUGUAACUUGUGCAUGGCCGCUUCUCUGGCCGAGUUCCUCUCGGCCUAUCCUACCGCGGGAGGUCAAUACCAUUGGGUUGCUGUCAUUUCGUGGGACAACUGGAUGCCGAUCCUGUCCUGGAUCACCGGCUGGAUCAAUUGCUCGGGCUGGGUGGCCCUGGUUGCCACCGGGGGGCUUCUGGGCAGUCAGCUGAUUGUCGGCGUUAUCUCUCUCAUGCACCAGAGCUACGAACCCCAGCGCUGGCAUCAAUUCCUGAUCUACCUGGCUUACAACAUCAUUGCAUUUGUGAUCAACGCAGUGAUGAACAACGUGUUGCCUUACGUGACCAAAGCUGCCUUCAUCUGGUCACUGACUGGCUUCGCCGUCAUUUGCAUCACGGUUCUCUCAUGUGCUGCCCCUAACUUCAAUUCCGGAGAUUUUGUUUUCCGUGGCUUUAUCAACCAGACAGGCUGGCCUGAUGGUAUCGCUUGGCUGCUCGGUCUUUUGCAAGGAGGUCUCGGUGUGACUGGAUUUGACGGUGUUGCUCAUAUGAUCGAAGAGAUCCCCAACCCUUCCGUGGAGGGACCCAAGAUCAUGAUUGCCUGUGUUGGCAUUGGAUGCGUCACUGGGGUGAUCUUCCUCGUCGUCCUGCUUUUCGUGGCUGGUCCCAUCCAGCCAAUUAUCAAGUCCACUGCAACACCGCUUCUGGCAAUUCUGAAGCAUGCAACUCAGAGCAACGCCGGUGCCAUUUGCCUUUUGAUGUUCCCUCUCAUCUGUGUGCUUUUCGCUGCAACAACAAUCAUGACUACUAGUAGUCGCAUGAUUUACGCUUUCGCACGGGAUGGUGGUCUUCCUGCCUCUCCCUUCUUUUCCAAGGUUCAUCCUAAACUGAAGGUUCCCAUGAAUGCGCUCUACCUUAAUCUGGGACUUGUCACGGUGUUCGGCCUUAUCUUCCUGGGCUCGUCUAGCGCCUUCAACGCAAUUGUCUCGGCAUCAGUGGUCUUGCUGGAUCUUGCCUAUGGGCUUCCUAUUGCGGUUAACUGCAUCCGCGGCCGCAAAAUGCUUCCAGAACGAACAUUCGUCCUCCCCACCGCCGUUGGCUGGACCUUGAACAUUAUCUCUCUGGUCUAUGUCACUCUGACAACGGUUCUCUUCCUUUUCCCACCCGACUUGCCUGCUACCGGGAGCAACAUGAACUACUGUGUGGCUGCGUUCGGGAUAGUCUUCAUCAUUUCGACUAUUCAAUGGUUUGUGGACGGCCGCAAGAACUUUGUCGGGCCUCGUAUCGAGAUGGAGGUUUUGUCCGGCCAGGUCGGCAGUACUCCUGCUGAGCCUUUGCCUCUGAUGGACGGUGAGAAAUAA